GAAACUACCUCUAGCAUAUUAAGACAGACAUAGAGUAUGCACAGAAGAACAUCUAUUGCCUUGAAGGAAAUAAGAACUUAAGGACAGAUCUUCACUAUGAGGUCCAUUUUCUCCCUGCUCUUCUGCCUAUUGUUGGUGUCCAAUGGAUCCUCAGCAGUCAUCACAGGGGCCUGUAUGAUAGACGCUCAGUGUGGUGGAGGGAGUUGUUGUGCCGUUAGUCUGUGGAUCCGGAGCCUGCGUAUGUGUGCUCCCAUGGGACAGGAGGGGGACAUAUGUCACCCCAUGAGUCACAAGGUUCCAUACUUUGGCAAAAGAGUACAUCAUACCUGUCCUUGUCUGCCUUAUCUAGCAUGCAUUACAACAGCGGAGGGUAAAUCCAGAUGUCUUUCACCAUACCUGUACCAAGAUGUAUUAAUACCUCUGAGCAGAAUCAACUCUGCAGAUACAUUUUGA